AUGUCAAAUAGUUCGACACGGGCCAGCGCGAUUCUAAGCGAUGAACGGUCUUCGUCUAGUUCCUCUACAUGCGGAGACAGCAGUUUAGCUCCGACCGCACCAGGCGACUUUACGUCUAACCCUAUAGGCACAUCUACGAAUAGAGCUGAGAAAGAAAACGAG